UCAUCGGCACUUACAUGGCCUGUUUGUGUUGCAAGUGCCGUAAGCCGCUUACUGAAUUUAAACCAAACUUGCCUCUCUAGUAAGAUUACACUCCGUUACAUUAGAGUUAUACUUUCUAAGCGUAUUCGGGAAUUCCCGUCCCUGAUUAGAGGAAGAUAGGGCGCCUUGACUUUGAACUUCUUCUCCUCCUCCCUCCUCCUUAUACCCGCCCCCCUUUCCCUCCCUUUUCUCCUCCUCCUUCCUGCUGCUCGUGUUGCUAUCUAGACCGAAACCGCAAGCACUUAGGAACUAAAUUUAUCUGCGGGUGAAGUUGCAGAUUUCGCCGAGUCGUCGAGGAUGAAGAGGAAUCUGUUUUGGGCAGUGGCUUUCCCCCAUGUCAGGGGUUAUAAAAGCUUGCUCUUUGUUUGUUUUGGUCAUUUCUUCGAGUCGCGCUGUUGAACCAACAGCUUGUGUCGUUUCUGCUGCUCUCUAACUCUAAGGAGGUUCUUUCAGGCCCCACUGACUUUUGUUAGCUCAAACCCCAGAGGAAUUAGAAUUUUUUUUAGAGGAUAUAUGUACGUCGUUAACGAGCUCCUGAAGUCUCGUGACUGGUAAGGUUAUUGACCCCGUGUGUGGAAGACAUUGGUUCGAAUGACUCAGACUCAGAUUCUCGGGCGAUCAUUGUCUAGAAAUGAGAAAGUAGCUUUCCAUGUUGUGGUCAACAUUACUUUGUACUUAGUACCUGGUUUUUCUCUGGUGUAAGGAUGUGUCGCGUGACUUAAGUCUCUGGUGUCCGCCAUUGUCUCGCAGUGCUGAGCAUGACAUUGAAGGGACCCGAUGUUGUCGGUGCAACAGGCAGUACUAUGCCAGGAUUAGUCGGCAACGGUAACCAGAGCUCUGCUGGGCUUUCUGGUAAUAAGAAAUCCUCCACCACCAACCCUGCCCCUCACCUGCACAGCCAGCCUCCCCCCAUGCUGGCGGGGGUUGACGUAGAAGAAGAGGAGGAGGAAGAAGAGGAGGAGGUUGAGGAUCGUGUGGUGAUGAUGAUGAGCAGCCGGUCUGAAGAAGACGGCGAGGAUGAGGUGGACGCUCGUUUGACGCUCACGCCGGAGUCUUGCGCGGACACGACGACUCGCCCGGCACACGCCCACCACCACCCCGCCCACAACCUCCCCCACCUCCCCCACCUCAUCCCCCAUCACACCCACCACAGUGUUGUGAUCAUCCAGCAGGCUGGUGUCUCUCCGUCUCCCAGCGGCAAGUGCCCUGGUGGCACUGGUUGUGAUCGCGUUGAUAACGAUGACGACGACGAUGACAACACCGUCCACCACCCCCACCACCGGGAGACGAACCCUAACCCCCUGGAGAAGGGGACCCAACUACCCCCCGGUGACGUGGCGCCACGUUCUAGCCGUCGGUACCCGCGGGAAGAAACGACCAUGGCGUCGUAUUCCUCUGACUCAGAGGACCUAGACGACUCCACGUCCAGCCUUGACCGCCAAUCUGACCACUCUCUAGGCGACGCACGUGCUGUGGACAUCCACAGAACUGACUCACCUGAUGACGUCACUGUAGACCCUCAGUGGUACGGUGACGACUCACAGAUGACGUCAUCUUGCCCGGAAGAGACGGCUGGGGAUGUAAUCCACCAUGUUGAGGACAAAAUUGAAGCAGGGGACCGUGAUAAUAAUAAUGGUGUUAACGACAAUAACAACAAUAAUAGUAACAACAUCCAUGCUGUUCAUACUCGUGAUUAUGAGGUUUUGGGUGACGGAAGUAACCGAUUGCAAGGUGGUGACAAUGACCGUUUGGAUGCUAAGAAUACUCAAAGAGAGAACAUUUCUUCCAGGAAGGAGAUCAGGUCUGUCAAACGGGCAGACCGGAGUGGGAGAUUACAGGGGAGACCCAGCUGUGAUAAACCGAUUGCAAAAGAGAACGAACAUUCUUCUUCUCUGUCUUUUACUGAUAGAAGCGAUUCGGAGGGUUUUUCUGCUGGCGACUCUCGCCAUAAAUGUGUGACUAGCGAGGAGAUUCUAACUAGCGAACCCUCAGACAAGGACGCUGUUGUGCAAUCAGUUCUAUUGGUUGAUGAUAGGGCUGCAGAGAAAUCCGUGAUUGUUGGCCAUAUGGGUGAUGAAGUUUGUGAUGAUAAAAGUCAAGUCGUCGAGGGGGAGAGCUCUUUCAGCGCUUCCGAAAAUACCGCCCCAAACGUUUGUUCUGGCACAGAGGAGACGGCCGGUGACGUCAGUGUAGAUGGUGAGCAAAAAGAGGUAGAAUCGGCCGGUCAAGAGGUCAUUAGUCAACAGCUGCCGCAGGAGAGCCAGAGACAGAGGUCACUUGGUCCCGAGGCCAGCUGCGGCGGCGCUUCGCCGGACACCAAACCCUCCAAGGCACAGAAACAGUUACAGAGAUCCAGUUCCUACCCGGAGGUCAAGAAAAAGGUUUUGUUUACACCCAUAAGACCCAGUCCUGAGGAGUCGGGCUUGUUUCCAGGGAAGCAGAGUCUCUCCGCCUCUCAAGCUGGCGUGGUUGUGCCGGACUCGGAGGUUGGAAGUAGCGGGUCUUGCGCCACGUCUGCCGUGGAGAAGCAAACCUCCACGACCUGUGCGACCCAUGUGGACCAGAGCGUGGAGGCUGAGGUCGCCAGCAGCAGCUGUGAGCAGACACUGACAGAACAAGACACAACAAGCCUGCUGCCUCAGGCAUCCAGAGACGUGGGCUUGAAGCGACAAAAGGCUCAGCCGUCCAAUCCUCCCGUGGCGCGGGUCAACCCACAGGCAAACCCCAACGCCUCCCAACCUCUACAGCAGCAGCAACAUCAGCUGCAACAGCAACAACAACAACAGCAGCAGCUACAGCAACAACAGUUGCAGCAGAUGCAACAACAACAACAGCAACAACAACAGCUGAAGAUGCAACAGCAGAUUCAGCACCAGCAGGCCCACCAGUACAUGACCUACUGCCAGCAGAUGUUUCCUGGGAGUGGCGGAGGCUUUUUCCUCUCCGACUCUUCCGGUGGUUUUUUCCCCUCUUCGGGCUACCCGGUGCUGUACGUGCAGGGCCCGGGCGGGAGCUACUACGUCACACAGGACUUUUCCAACGGGGACUACUGCUCUGCCAUGCCAGGGAUGACCCAAACCGCCGCCACUCACGCUCCAUCUUCCUCCAAACUGUUACCUCCACCCGCCGCCCCCAGCCCCUUGCCCACCGGGUCGGAGGUCAAGUACUCCAAUCCGACGGAGGUGGCAGGGAAGUCCCCCCAGCCUCAGGUGUGCGGGAAGACAGUUCCGAUCCCCGCCUGUGUGACGUCGACGGGAGGCACUCCGCACAAAGAUGGCCGCUCGUCUUCCUCCUCUCACUCCCGCCACGGCUUGGACCCACUCACUGACGUCACGGCUUGUCGCCAGGGGAGGGCGGGGAAGGAGGAGGGUCACCAUCACCACACGAGGCGCGGCGCAGCUACCCCGCCAGGAAAGAGGCGCCACAAGCAGCCUUUACUACCGGACCCCAUGAUCCCCAAAUUCUCCGAGCUGGCCUCGAUGGUGUCUCCUGCCUUACAUUCUCACGCUCUGCCUGCGGAGAUUCUGAACAGUGCUAUGCAAUUGCAGCAGCAACAACAGCAGCACCAUCACCACCACCACCAACAGCAUCAACAGCACCAGCACCACCUCGUCCCCCCUACCCAGCAGACACCUCUUCCGUCCCAUCUUCAACCACAUCCCCACCACCACCACCACCCUGCUCAUCCUCUUCAGAUGCUGCCGCACACACAAUCCCCAGUCCUCCAUCAUCCUCACCCCCACCACCACCACCACCCCGCAUCCGGCAGUGCCAACAACAGCCCGCCAGUCUUCUCCGCGGACCUCCACACUUGUGCCAACAACAGCAACAACAACCACACCACCACGCCUGUCUUUGUCCAGCCUGGCCUGUCUGCUGGUGACGUCUCCUCGUCCACCUUACCACACACUGCUGCUGUUACACCCUCGGCUGCUACUACUAUCGCUGCUACUGCUGCUGUAGCCGUCCCUUCUAAUCUGGUCUCCGGUGUUCAAGGACACGGUAACAACCUCACCCCCACCGCCACUGACGCCACCAUCAGCAACACCGCUAACAGUAGUAGCACUUGUGAUAACCCUCUCUCGGACGCUGUGGAUUUUGGGUACGCCACACAUCCGGUGGGUUACGUCACCGACGCCACAGGGCUGGUUAUCUACGGUCCUCAGCCCACCAGUGGCGGCGUAGGGGGUGUGGCAGGGGGCGUGGCAGGGGGUGUGCCUGCUACAUUCGGGGUGAGGCUGGAUUCUUCCGCUCACCACGAUCACAUUGCUCACACAUUGCCGCCUCCUUCGCCCGCACAGGCUGCUGCAGCUGUAGCGGCGAUGCUGCAGCAACAGCAUCAGCAUUAUCAUCAUCAACAACAGCAACAACUUCAACAACAGCAACAACAACAUGCCCAGGCCUCCUCCAAUAGCGCUGCUGGAACGGAACCCCAAGAGACUGUUGUUGGUCCAGCAAGUGGGCUGAUGCCUGUAACACAACAGAUGCCGCUUUUGUCUCCUCGACAACAGCAGCAGCA